GCAGUGACCAAAUGGUUGUUUAUUUUCAAGUUAUCUCUAACUACAUUCAUACCUUCCAUCACGAUGCCUGCUAAGAAAAAUCGCGAUAAGGGCGACAAAUCUGCCGCUAUCGCGGAUCCCACACCAGCAGCUUCAGAGCCAGAGGGACCACCACCACCUGAACCAAGACCCCCAGUUCGAGUUCUGUAUUGCGGAGUCUGCACUUUCCCCGUGGAGUACUGCGAAUUUGGAUCGAGUAUAACGCGGUGCAAAGAGUGGUUACAUGAACAUGAUUUAGAGGCAUAUAGCAAGUACUAUUCGGAUGAGGCUCUACAAGCAAAGAUAGGAACAUUGAGCUUGGAGGCACAGUCAAAAUUAGAGCAGGAAACAGCAAAGAAGGAGGCUAAAGCCGAAGCGAAGGCUGAUGCUGCUUUGAAGAAAAAGCUGGCGUCUCAGGUUACUAUCAAACGAAUUGAACGCAAUAAGAGAAAACACGUAACUUCGAUACAUGGCCUGGAAGCAUUCAACAUUGAUCUGAAAAAAGCUGCAAAACAAUUUGCGUCCAAAUUCGCGACAGGAGCGUCAGUCACAAAGAAUCCCCAAGGUCUAGAGGAAAUCGUUGUUCAGGGUGAUGUAAGCGAUGAAGUGCUCGAAAUGAUUGAAGGGGAGGUAGGAAUUUUGAAAGGCAUUCCCGCUGACAAUGUGGAGAUCAUCGAAGAAAAGAAGAAGAAAGGAGGAGACUAACAAGGGGCAGACCUGGGGCAGACUAACAAUAACUCUCGCCGCUUGUACUAUUCACGAAACACAUGUAUUACGACAGGAAUACUGAUGGACAUACGGUGCGACAGCCAACUAGAUGUAGAAGAAAAUUAUGCA